AUGCGUACCGAAAAGAACAUAACGCUUUCAUCUCUUUUUUGCAGACUUUCGCUCGGCGCUAAGUUAAACAUUUUUCAAAACCUCUUAUCGAAAAUGAAGAAAAUUGUGAUUUUCGGAUCUACUGGCAUGACCGGCCUGUGCGCUGUUGAAGCUGCUGUGAAAAAAGAUCUCACCGUGCGCGCUUUUGUCCGGGACCCCAAAAAGCUCCCCGAGAACUUAAAGGAUAAAGUUGAAGUCAUUACUGGCAAUGUUUUGGAACCUGACUCCGUAUCUGAAGCCAUUGAAGGUGUCGACGGCGUGGUCAUCUGUCUCGGCACGAACAACGUCUUGGAUCCUACAUCGGAUAUGUCUGAAGGCACAAAGAACAUCAUCGAAGCAAUGAGAGCGAAGAACGUUCGAGUCGUGUCAGCUUGCCUGUCUGCUUUCUUGUUCUACGAGCCCAGUAAAGUACCUCCGAGGUUCGUGGACAUAAAUAAUGAUCACGAGAGGAUGUACCAAGCUCUGCGUGACAGCGGAUUGGAUUACAUAGCUGUGUACCCACCCCACAUUACAAGUGAACCGAGUGCCGAAUACAUGGUAGAAAUCAACCCCAAGACGUCUCCAGGUCGCACCAUCUCUAAGUGGGAUCUUGGAUCUUUCCUAGUUGAGGCGCUGAGCGAACCUAAAUAUUACAAGGCCAUCAUCGGACUUGCCCAAAAGCCACCUGCUUAA